CGUCACACGCCGCCCGCCGUCAGAGGCUCGCUGCGAGAGCUCCGCCCUCGCUGUCUGUGCAUUGGCAGACGCCGCCGCCACUCUACGUCCGCCUUGUUAUUCAUUGGACCACGGGUCUUUUGAAACCGAACGUGAGGGUUGUCUUUGGGAGACUAGGAGAGGGGGAAGAGGCGGGACCGAAGGAUUAGGGGGAGGAAAGGGGAGGGGUGGUGAGGAGGGACCUGGAGUGCCGCCCCUCGUCGCCGCGGUUGGCUGGGAGAGAGUAGUGACGUCACACAGGGCCCCUCGACGUGGGCUGGUGAGUGGCUACAUCGGGCGGGAGGUGGGUAAGAGUGAUGACGCUAUGUCGAGGCUCCGCCCCCUUCUUUGGAGCGGAGACACCCAGACUGCUGAGACUCGGGCCAAUCAGAGUGAAGCUCCAGGAUGGCAUGGUGAUGGAACGCUGCUGAGAGGUCUGACAAGAUGUACCAGGUCCCACUGCCGCUGGACCGGGAUGGGACCCUGGUCCGGCUCCGCUUCACCCUGGUGGCCCUGGUCACAGUCUGCUGUCCACUUGUCGCCUUCCUCUUCUGCGUCCUCUGGUCCCUGCUCUUCCACUUCAAGGAGACUACGGCCACACACUGUGGGGAUGUUCUCUGCGGCCUCCCAGCCCUUGGACCCCGAUGGGCCCGUGUUCCGGCUCCGCUUCAAAGCCAUGGUCUCAUGGGUCAUCACUUUCCCUGUGUUCGGCUUCUUCUUCUGCAUCAUCUGGUCUCUGGUGUUCCACUUUGAGUACACAGUGGCCACUGACUGUGGGGUGCCCAAUUACCUGCCGUCGGUGAGCUCGGCCAUUGGCGGAGAGGUGCCCCAGCGCUACGUGUGGCGCUUCUGCAUCGGUCUGCACUCGGCGCCCCGCUUCUUGGUGGCCUUCGCCUACUGGAACCACUACCUCAGCUGCGCCUCCCCGUGUCCCGGCUACCGCCCGCUUUGCCGCCUCAACUUCGGCCUCAAUGUCGUGGAGAACCUCGCACUGCUAGUGCUCACCUACGUCUCCUCUUCUGAGGACUUCACCAUCCAUGAAAAUGCUUUCAUUGUGUUCAUCGCCUCAUCCCUCAGUCACAUGCUCCUAACCUGCAUCCUCUGGCGGCUGACCAAGAAGCACACAGUAAGUCAAGAGGGCUAUGAAAUGCCCAUCAUUCCUGCUGCCUAUGCCUGUGUCCCCUUCCAUGACCAAGGAUGGUUAAGACUCAGCCCAGGAAUUGGGGCCAAGAGGGGAGACUGUCCACACACAUCUAACAAGCUGCAGAAUGAUCACAGAACUCAUCCCUUAGGACCGCAAGUCCUACAACUGGAAACAGCGGCUCUUCAUCAUCAAUUUCGUCUCCUUCUUCACGGCUCUGGCUGUCUACUUUCGGCACAACAUGUACUGUGAGGCUGGAGUAUACACGAUUUUUGCCAUCCUGGAGUACACGGUCGUCCUGACAAACAUGGCGUUCCACAUGACAGCGUGGUGGGACUUCGGGAACAAGGAGCUGCUCAUUACUUCCCAGCCUGAGGAAAAACGGUUCUAAACCCUUCUCUCCUGCUGGGGAGGAGGCCCACUGUCCAGAAACUAGGAACAAGAUACUACUCUGGCCUUCCCUCACCCUCUGUGUCCUCUCUGAGCCCUACUGAAGCUAGGGGAGAGGGGAAGGAGGAGAAAGGGCCCGGGACAAGGUUUCACCCAGCCCUGCUAGCUGCUUCUUUCCCCGACUCCAUGUGUAGGCACAGUAGGCCUUCAAGUAACACCACUUGUACCUGAGAAGCCCCAAGAAGCUGAGCUGGCAGGAGAGCUCCACCAUCUGGUGCUAAAAAAAGUCCUGAGGUUCGUAACCACCAUCCGGUUCUUGGCCUUUACAUAGCCACCUCUCGCUGAGGUCAGGGACCACGGAGCAGUGGCUGCUACCAGAAAACCACAGCCAUUUCUCCCCGUGGGUCAUUCACUUGACUCGUGCUAAUCACCUGCUCUGCACACUCAGGCCUGUGACCACAGGCCCUUGCUAAGUUUGCCCAGGUGUCCUAGCCCUGACUUCACCUCUGAUUUGGCGUGUGCCCUUCCCUAGCUGUGCCUCCCUACGUCCGUGUGGAUGAAGUCGGGGUGCAGUGGGGUAGGGGGGCUGUAUGAUUUCCGAGGGCUCUGCCGUCCUGCUUCUCCCUGUGGAAGUGGUGUUCUGUACCUAAAGGGUGACCUCCAGAAAAAGCCCUGGCACAGCACGUAUCUCCCCUUUUCUAAAAUUGCUGACUUAAGACUUCCUCUUUGGCAAAGGUGCCAGGUAGAGGGGUCAGAGGCACAGAUUCCUAUCCUGAAACGGGCUCUCUGGUGUCACCCCCCCCUCCUGCCUUAGGCCCUGUGCUCUUUAGGUUGUACAUUUUAUUUCAAAGGGAAAUAAAUUUUUUUUUGUCAACAGUCUGG